UUAAAGAUCAGAUUAGCAUGAAGCAGCUAAUCUGAUGAAACCCAUCACACACACCCUUGAACCCUUAAAAAAUACUGCAAAGAAACAGCAAACAGGCUCGACCUACCUUUCUGUGCCGUCGGCUCUAUCUGUCACCCUCCGACCCCGUUUCCUCUUUCAGUUUCAGAAGCCCCAAGAGCACUACCCCCCGUUCCGCUUCGGGACCGUCCCGAACGGCAGCACCGAGAGGAACAUCCGCAGCAACUACCCGGACAUGCACACGCACAUGAUCAAGUACAACCAGAAGGGCGUGGAGGAGGCCCUCGACAGCCUGAAGACCGGGAAGCUGGAGGCGUUCAUCUACGACGCGGCGGUGCUCAACUACAUGGCGGGGAAGGACGAGGGCUGCAAGCUGGUGACCAUCGGCAGCGGGAAGGUGUUUGCCACCACGGGCUACGGCAUCGCCCUGCAGAAGGACUCCCGCUGGAAGAGGCCCAUUGACCUGGCCCUGCUGCAGUUCCUGGGAGACGGGGACACCCAGCGCCUGGAGACGGUGUGGCUGUCGGGCAUCUGCCAGAACGAGAAGAACGAGGUGAUGAGCAGCAAGCUGGACAUCGACAACAUGGCGGGGGUGUUCUACAUGCUGCUGGUGGCCAUGGGCCUCAGCCUGCUGGUCUUUGCCUGGGAGCACCUGCUCUACUGGAAGCUACGCCACUCCCUGCACAAGUCCCACAAACUGGACUUCAUGCUGGGCAUCAGUAGGGGCAUCUACAGCUGCUGCAACGGGGUGGAGGACCCGGGCCACUCCCCGGGCCUGGCCAACCCCGACCUCACCUCCAGCUACGCCCAGGCCAACGUGCUGAAGAUGCUGCGCACCGCCAAAGACCUGGUGUCCACCGCCAACGUGGAGGGCUCCCUGGACAACGCCACCAGGACCAUCGAGCACUGGAGCCGCCACGGGGGCCCGCUGCCGCCGCCGUCGCUCAGGUCCAUGCACAUGGUGGGGGACGCGGGGGUCCCGGGGGGCUUCGCCUACGUCACCGAGAGCCGCUGCGCCCCCCCGCCGCCGCAGCACCGCCCGCUCAGCCCGCCUAGCCGCACGGCCGCCUCGCUGAAGCAGCAGAGGCCCACGCCGCUGCGCUACACCCUGCCGGCGCGCUCCGCCUCCUGCCUCUACGACGGGCCGCUUCCUGUGUCCAGCCUGAGCAGCCCUCACCUGGGGCCGCCCCCGUCCCACCACCAGCCCUACCCCUACCAGACCACGGGCCGGCUGCCCCACCAGCAGUACCCCUACCAGACCACGGGCCGGCUGUACGUGGACGACCACCCCCGCUCGCCCUUCGUCCCCUACGCCGAGCUCCAGCUGCCCGACAUCUACCCCUCCCACCCGGCGCCGCCCCCGGACCCGCCCCCGGACCCGCCCCCGCCCCACGCCAGCUUCUCCAGGAGGAAGAGGCGCUCCAAGAGCUUCCAGUGCGAGGAGCUGGGCGAGGACCACCGCGGGAGGCUGCGGGACCCGGAGCAGCGGGGGGGCAAGCCCCCCGUGUAUCUGUCGGAGCUGAGGGCCAACCACCUGCUGGACAACCACCUGUCGGCGCCCAGCGUGGACUGCCUCUACCCGGGGGCGCUGUUCCGCCCCGAGGUGGAGAACUACGGCUCCUGGCCCCCGGAGGAGUUCGUGCUGCGGGGCCGGCGGCGGCCGCGCCGGCCCUCCUUCCUCAAGGCCACCUGGGGCGGCGAGCGGACCCGGCCGCACGACGAGGCGCCCUCGUCUCUCUCCCCGUCCGCGUCCGGCCGGUCCGCGCUGCCCGACCUGUUCCCCUGCGGGCCCCCCCCCAAGGCCUACAGCCCCGCCCCCCCGCCGCCGCCGCCGCCGCCGCCGCUGCGGAACAGCGCGUGCCUGCCGCGCAACCAGACCUACCUCCACAUCCGGCAGGACCAGCGGCGGCACGGCGGCCGCAAGGCCCAGAGGCUGCGCUACUCCCAGUCCACCCACCUGCCCACCUACGGGGAGGCGGUGAGGCACGCCGGGGGCCUGGGGCUGGGCAUGGUGCGCCGCGCCACCAGCCUGCUCAGCAGACAGUACUCCCACUACCUGAACUCGUACCCGGGGCCGCCCCUCUACCACGGGGCCCUGGACCUGGGGCCCCACGCCCCCCCGGCCCCGGGGGGCCAGCCCAGCCCCGAGCAGGUGUGCCGGAUGCUGGCGUGCGGCGGGGGCCGGUGCGGCGGCCCGCAGCCCCUGAUGUACCAGGACAGCCUGUACGGGGCCUACGGCGCCUACAGACUGUGUCAGGGGUCCCAGACGGGGCUGGAGGCGGGGCUGCCGGGACUGGCCCCCGAGGGGAGCCCCUGUGGGCAGAGGCCCUGGAGGAGGGUGUCCAGCCUGGAGUCGGAGGUGUGACCCGCGUCGGCCAAUCACGAGCGGAGGAAUACGAUGGACUUCCGUGAAGUGAUGUAGAACUUUAGAACCUUCUGACAAGCAUAGGGGAUGUCAAUGGGCAUAUAUGAAACAAAACGUAUUGGUUUUAUUUAUCGUUGUUUUUUUGUAUGAUGAUUGAAUGGCUAUUGUGCUCGGGGUUUUGAAAGCAAUAGGUCCUGUGAUUCAUUCAUUGAUUUUAAUGUAUUAAUUUCAAUGACAUUUUCAAUUUCUUUGUAAAUUUCAUAAGGUAUACAUUUUAAGAAGGGAAGAGUGGCAUUCAACAGAAUUUGGUUUUGGAGGGAGAAAGCAAAAUUCGGACUGGAACAUGUAUUCCAGAAAACACACCUCUAGCUAGUUACGUUCAUAAAAAGUCUCCCAGGGGUGAAACGGUACGCAUUCACAAUUAGGAUUCGGAGAGAGCUUCAUCCUCUACGAGUUCUUCCCCCCCUUAGCCUGAUUGAUUGGCAGCUUUCCUGUUGAAUUCUGGGAGAUAUCUUUUUCUGAACAGUAACGAUGCGCUGAGAUCGACCACCACAGCACCGCCCACGUUGGCUCACCAAACGAGGCCUCCAGAGGUUAGAAAAAGAAUCAAAGGCUCAUCACACUUUACACUUGAUUGUACAAUUCUCCCGUUCAGCCCAAGGCUGCUGUGUACUUAAACCACCGACAGAUAGACAUGCUCAGUGGACCAGAGGAACCACUGGCUGCACCAGGACACAACCUAACCUUAUAAAGGGCAGCAACCUGGCACUUGGUGUGGCAUGACUUUUGACGAGUCUUGUUGUGUGUAUGUGAAAAUUGAAAUUUGCUGCCAACUGUGGCAAAAAUGAUCAAAUAUAAAAGUAUAACACGUUUCUAUAUAAAUGAAUCGUUACCUUAAGCACAUAUAUCCAGGAAGGGAGCGAUGCUGUUGCUUGGAAUGAGAUCCUCGUUUUGAAAUGUUAAAGUGUGUGUAUUAGAGUAGGAUGAUGAGUGGCGUGAUGAGCAGGCUAGGGGAUAGAAGGAUAGGGGGAGGGCCGGGGGGGGGGGGGGGGGGGAUAUGCAGUCCAUAUGAACACGAUCUGUCAAAUGGUUUUGGGGACAUCAUGAUGACCAGCUGUAGACAACUCUAUCUAUCUGUCUUUCUCUCUUUCUCUAGCUCUCUCGCUCUUUCUCAUUAACUAUCCGUCUCUCUUUCUCUGUCUCUCUCUUUCUCUCUCUGUCACUCUCUCUCUCUCUCUCUCUCUCUCUCUCUCUCUCUCUCUCUCUCUCUCUCUCUCUCUCUCUCUCUCUCUCUCUCUCUCUCUCUCUCUCUCUCUCUCUCCCUACCUUUCUUUUUCUACUGGGCUUCUGUUUCUGUUACCACAGUGCAGCACACCAUCAUAUAGGGCUUUUACAAUAAACUGUAUUCUAAAUACUAUAUAGAUAUAUAGAUAUAUACAUAGAAGAUGUGUUUUUGAGGCCAGCGUCUCUUUCAUGUGCUAUAACUCAUGACGGGAUUACGUUUUCACUCUGUUGAAGUACUGUGACACAGGUUUUAUUCGUUAAAAGAAUGGCUUGGGGCGGACCCAAGAUGUAUCGAGAUGUUUGUUAUUAUGCUAUAAGCUCUGUCAUUCGCUCUGUAAUUAUCAUUUACUUGAUCUGUUUUUUUAUUUCUUCUCUGCCCACUUCACUCACUCCUCUCCACCUCUCUCUCUCUCUCCCUCUCUCUCUCUCUCUCU